CGCUUUGUCAACCGGUCCGUCUGGAUACUUGACGCUAGGCCCUGCGCGACUGGUUUCGCUCAGCAGUGCGCUGCACUUCGCCAAUCUCAGUGCGAUGAAAAGGGCCGACCGCACACCCCGGCCUUCUCUGGUCAACACGAAGAAACAAGAAAAUACACCAGCGGAACGUCACGAAGCCCCAUCUAACGCUUGAUUUGCACCUGAGCAAGCGCCAUCAGCACAACUUGUGGCACUGUGCCGAUUAAUAUGUUUGACAGGGUGACAUCUGGGUGCGCUUUGCGUCUUCAGCGGCAGCAGCAGUGCAAGGUCCGAGCAUCGGUAUCCGGAAAAGAGGAGGCUACGCUAGUAUCUGCUGCACCAGUGGCCAUGGACGUUGAAUUUGUGGCAGUAUAGAGCGUCAUAGGCACUGUUCAGAAUCACGUUUGCUACCGUGCUUGCUUGACCCCUGAAGUUUUUUCUUCAACGGCCUACACACUGGUGGAGCUGUGGUGUUCCGGCGUGGCUACAGCUUAUUCCACGAGCGACGAUGCUGCCGGGUCAAAUGCUUCUCCUUGCGACAGCAGCGUGCAUGCUCGAGCCCAUACCGACGUCUGCGACAAGCGACCACCGUCGGCCCGUCUACGUGUUCGGACAUAUGGCGAACAGCCUGCGCGAGUUGGACGAUUUCAUGGAGCAGGGCGUCAAUGCCAUCGAGGCCGACGUCACGUUUGCGCCUAAUGGGACGGUGACAAAGUUUUACCACGGUCCUGGCUGCGAUUACGGCCGUGACUGCGAGCAGGAGACCGACGUCGGCGUCUACCUCACCUAUCUCAAGGACACAGUGAGCGCAGAAAAUGGACGCUACAGGAACAAAAUGCUACUCCUCUACGUUGACAUCAAAACUGCAAACCUACGCGGAAGAGAAAAUAUGUACGCAGGGGGUGUUAGCCUGGCCGAGAAUCUGAUGCGCUACCUUUGGAGUGAAGUUCCUCGAAGUCGCAUGGUAAACGUACUGCUGUCGAUAUUCAGUGCAGCUGACAAAGAAAUCUUCAAGGGAGCACUGGAUAGGUUUUCCAUUUCUGAAAAUCACGCCGACCUUCUUGAGCACGUAGGUUUUGACGUGAGCGGCAAGAAUUUUCUCUCAACUAUCGCCACGACGUUCAAAAAGCUCGGUGUGACUAGACACCGCUGGCAAGGCGACGGCAUCAACAACCGGUUCAUUGAUAACUACCCUACGCUUCGGAUGUCCUGGGUGACUGCUCGGCGAUCUCUCAACAGCUCGGUGCACGAUUAUGUGGACAAGGCCUAUGUUUGGACAGCUGACAACGCAUUCACAAUCCGUCGAUUUUUCAGGAAGAAUAUCGACGGCAUUGUGACAAACUCUCCAGGAAACGCAUUGACCGUUCUCAAGGAAGAAGAGUUUUCGAUCAAGUAUAGGCUUGCUAAUAGUCUGGACGAUCCGUGGAAACGAGUUAUUUAGCCUGCGCAGCAACAUUGGCAGCAAAUUUCCUUUUGUAAUCGCAUUACGCGCAUUGGUAUUGGAGGAAUAAAGUGAACAAGUUUGUUA